UGAGGCUCUUUAGCUCAUAGUCUCAUACUAUCGUGUACAAGUCUCUAUCUAGCUACUUACUUACUUAGUUAACUAAUUAAGCUAAGUAGCUAAGGUAGUAUAUAUAGGGAAGCAUAAGUAAAGUAAGAUGCAGAUGAUGAAAAGGAGCAGUUCAAUGAAGGCGGAGGUGGUACUCCUCCUCCCGCUGCUGGUCAGGGCCAUUUUUUAGGGAGUUCAAUAGGUUAUCCGGAACAGGGCCCCCGAAUUUAUGGGGCCCCAAAUUUUUAAAUUUCUUUUAGUAUUAUAUAGUACGGAGUAAUAUUAUAUAUUAAUAUUAAUCAGUAAAAUACAAUUAGUAAGGAAGAAAAAUAUAGAUGCAUGAUUUUUUCGUUGGUCCUUUUACUCUUUUUAGUUCUUUUUAAUGAGUAUUCAAUUUAUUUGAGCAUAAGUAUUUAGUUUGAUAUUUUUUUAAAAAAAAAAAGAAUAUUAAUUUGGGGCCUCUGUUUUACAUUUAGAACCGGGGCCUCCAAAUUCAUUAGACGGCCCUGCUGCUGGUGUGCUUGGCCGUGGGGGCGCGGCCAUCAUCAGUGAGUAAGGCCGCGGCGGAUCUUAAAGGGCUACUGAUGGUGACGGAUUCGGCAGGAGCAAGGCGAGAGCUGUUACUGGAGCCAGACCUGUUGCAUCGGCUACUGUAAUACCUCCUAUACCGACGGCACCUGCAUCUGCGUCGGAAAAAGUGGCCAAUGUGGGUUGCAACACGGCUGCUGCCCUAACUACUAUUGCGACGGCACCUUUUCCGGUACAUGCAUUUCACGAUGAGCUCGAUCAGGGCUAGCUUAGCCAGCUGCAUGCCGAUUCAUCAUUCCGUGCCGCCGUGCCGGCAUGCAUUUGACUGCGUAGUUAUCUUCAAGAAUUAAUUUGAAUGCGUUCCCGGUUGAAGUUUUAGCUGAAAUUUGGUACGAGUAAACUAGACUUGAUCAAUAUGAUGCUCAAAAACUUUCAUCAAAAAAUUCCACCUGGAACCACCCCCAAUCGUGACGGCCGGACAAAGCCUCCUAUAUAAGGACUUAAUUGACUUUUUAUGAAAGUUCGAGGACCUAUUUGACACUUUUCUCUAAAAAGUAAGUUAAAAGUGAUAUUUUUUAUCAUCAAAACAAAUGACAUAAAUUGCUAUUAAAGCAUUCAGAUAGGGGGUAAAACGACAAAAGGACCCCAAACAACCGUCACUCCCCGAACCUGACUUGGAGUCAAUCACCUUCAGAAAAGCAAUAUAACUCGUUGAUCCUAUAAUGGACAUAAAUGAGUCAACGAUAGUUAAAGCAGACCUCCCAUCAUUCAAUCCUAAUGCAAGAGUCUUACACCAAUAAAAAUAACCAACAAAAAUUGAACAAAUUGAUUAUGAAAAUAAAAAACAAGCAAACAGUAAAAUUAAAAAACUGCUUUCGAACCCUAACUUCUCCGGCACUCCAUGGCGGCGGUUCAGGAGGGGGACAAUCCAACAUUAUUAUAGCUUCUUCCGCUCCUUGCCUCCAAUCCAGAUUUGUUCCAGCACAUAGCCCCAUGCUUCGUUUAUGCCCUUCUGAUCUCAACGAUGAACGACAUACUCGAAACUCUCCACCUGCUGCGAGGGGUACACAACCUUUGACCACCAUAUAAGCGCUGCAAUUCUGCCGAAGAAGAGAGUCUCACGAAAGACAGACGAAAACCGCACAAGAAAGCCGCAUUUCGUCAAAGACGAAAGCGGAGAAAACAACCCCUAAAUCUAGGGGAGACGACCGCUGCUUUGUCUAUGCCGUUGAAAUUUCGAUCGGCACUUCAAACCCCACGGUGGCAAAAGCUAUUCGCAAUAUGCGAGAACUCUCGGUUAAAAGUGAUAUAAAAAAUGAAAAUUAAAAAUAAAUAAGGAAAUAUGGAAGUCAUACUCAUAAAACUAUAACACAAAAAUGAGACCAUAUCCUCAUCCCAUGCUCUGCCUGAAGGACUUGGACUCUUGGAGGGUUGCUACUCAAAAUUGGUGAAAAUUUCUAACUUCUCAACUAUGUAAUUUCUAAAUUUUGACUUGAUGCAAUCCUGUGGUGUGGAAACGCAAACGCCAAACCUACAAGAUUUUUAUUGUCUUAGUAAUACAGAGUAUACUCUCAUGAUACACGAUAUUUUUGCAUAGUUGCACACCUCUCGUCUAUGGAGUCUUCUCCAUUCUUUUUGUUCUAAUAAUACACGGUGUUGUUAAUAAUCUAAACUGCCAUUCCCAACCACCUUAGCUAAAUGUGUCAAUAAUGAUUGUGGCAUAGAAUCUCAAAGUAGAAAAAUUAUAAAGGUACACAUUUUUGUGUAUACACACUUUUACACGUGUCUGUGUAGAUUUUUUUAUUUGUCUCAGUCAAAAUAAGUUUUGUCUGUACAGAUAAAUAAAAAUCCUACACAGACAUGUGUAAAAGUGUGUACACAAAAAAGUGUGUACCCAAGUCCAAACUCAAAGUAUAUAUGAACUGAUAAGAGUAGAGUUUUUGUGGUAAAGUUCAUAAACGUCCCAUCAAUAUUUUUAGAAGAACUACUUGAGUUUGUCUCUAGCUCUUUGUGACCUAAUCCCUACCUUAAAAACCCACCAACAUCAUCUUAACCUUCAAUAACUCGUUUGCAAAUGAGAUCAUACUCGGGAUUCAUAUGUAUUCUGUGAAACUCUUUUGACAUGUUGUCUUCAUGUAUUUUGGUAGACAAGAUGUGGCGUAUGUUUCCAUUUAGUGGUUUUGUGACUAUAUUGUCAAUUUUAGUGACCGAUGAUUGACUCUCUCACGAUGACGAUCAUGUAUAGCCACAGGAAUAAAAAUAUCGUCACUUUCAACAGGAAGGCGAGUCAAAAAUUUAGAGUUGGGGAAUAUUAUAUAUGGAAAAUACGAAGAAAUGAGAAUGCGAUCAGAUCGAUUGUGAUCGGUGAUUGGAUCAUCCAUUCAUCUAAAUUUGGUGAGGGAGGUACAUUUAUCUAAAUUUCUUCUCACCAAAUUCAUCUGAUCAAUCACCGUUGGCUCAUGUCUUUUGCAUUUUUAUCUAAAAGUUGAGUUUGAAUCAUCCAUUACCCG